AUGCGUGCCCCCGCCCCGUACCCUGGUUGUGGCACCGAGCAUGCCCGGACCCCACUCAUUGCUCAGACACUCGGGUGGCCCCGCAAAGACGACACCAAUCACGCGGGGCGCGGGACCCGGCUCCGUGGACGGGCUGGAUUUCAGCCUUCCACCCUGCGGAGCCCAUCCUCUCCUGGUGAGGAGAGGCCGGGGCCAGGGCGAGGGGACCCCGGGAGCGCGGGAGGGGGACCCCGGGAGCCGGCGCGCACGGCGAGUCCCCCUUCGGGGCCCACGGGACUCCCGCAGGAACGCGGCCGUUCCCCCCCCCCGUUUGGACGCUGGGGGUUCACUGCCAGCGAAUCGGGGGCUCCGCCGGGCCCACCCCAAGGCGAGGGCGGCGAGGAAGCGGGCGGGAAGAACCCUGCUCGGGGAGUCGGGCGGAGACGGUGCGCGGUGGACGGAGUGAACCAGGGGAACAUGCCCGGGAUCCAGAGCACCUUCCUGGCCAUGGACACGGAGGAGGGGGUGGAAGUGGUGUGGAAUGAGCUCCACUUCGGCAACAGGAAGGCCUUCGCGGCCCACGAGGAGAAGAUCCAGACCAUGUUCGAGCAGCUGGCGCUGGUGGACCACCCCAACAUCGUGAAACUGCACAAGUACUGGCUGGACUCCUCCACGGCUCGUGCCAGGCUCAUCUUCAUCACCGAGUAUGUGUCCUCGGGCAGCCUCAAGCAGUUCCUCAAAAAGACCAAGAAGAAUCACAAGGCCAUGAACACACGGGCCUGGAAACGCUGGUGCACGCAGAUCCUGUCGGCGCUCAGUUUUCUGCAUGCCUGCAGCCCCCCCAUUAUCCACGGAAACCUGACCAGUGACACCAUCUUCAUUCAGCACAACGGCCUCAUCAAGAUCGGCUCCGUGUGGUACAGGAUCUUCUCCAAUGUGCUCCCGGACGACCUCCGCAGCCCCAUCAGGGCCGAGCGUGAGGAGCAACGGAACCUGCACUUCUUCCCUCCGGAGUACGGUGAGGUCAACGAUGGGACGGCGGUGGACAUCUUCUCCUUUGGGAUGUGUGCCCUGGAGAUGGCUGUUCUGGAGAUCCAGGCCAACGGGGACACCCGAGUCACAGAGGAGGCCAUUGCUCGAGCCAGGCACUCUCUGAGUGACCCCAACAUGCGGGAGUUCAUCCUGUCCUGCCUGGCCCGAGAUCCUGCCCACCGACCCUCUGCUCACAACCUCCUCUUCCACCGUGUGCUCUUUGAGGUGCACUCGCUGAAGCUGCUGGCUGCCCACUGCUUCAUCCAGCACCAGUAUCUCAUGCCUGAAAAUGUGGUGGAAGAAAAGACCAAAGCAAUGGAUCUGCACGCAGUGCUGGCAGAGAUGCCUCAGCCCCGCGGGCCCCCGACACAGUGGCGGUACUCGGAGGUCUCGUUCCUGGAGCUGGACAAGUUCUUGGAGGAUGUCAGGAACGGGAUCUACCCGCUGAUGAAUUUCGCGGCUGCGAGGCCCCUGGGGCUGCCGCGUGUGUUAGCCCCACCGCCAGAGGAAGCCCAGAAGGCCAAGACCCCCACACCAGAGCCCUUCGACUCAGAGACCAGGAAGGUGGUCCAGAUGCAGUGUAACCUGGAGAGGAGCGAGGACAAGGCGCGCUGGCAUCUCACGCUGCUUUUGGUGCUGGAGGACAGGCUGCACAGGCAGUUGACCUACGACUUGCUCCCAACCGACAGCGCCCAGGACCUCGCGGCAGAGCUGGUGCACUACGGCUUCCUGCAUGAGGACGACAAGGCGAAGCUGGCUGCCUUCCUGGAGAGCACGUUCCUCAAGUACCGGGGGACCCAGGCUUGACCCACACAGCCCUGGAAGCCCAGCGUGGCACUGCGGCUCAGGGUGGCCCCACUUAGGAGAGGCUGGCGCCCCCCAGAGCUGCCAUCGGGGGGGCUCUCCCCUGAGUGAAUGAAUCCUGGGCCUGCUGG